AUGUCACAAACACCUGUAGCAGCUUCGAAUUUGCCGACCCAGGCUCGUCCUACUACCACCAAUGCCCAAACUACAGCUCCAACUACGACUGCGACUUCAGCGACCCUUCCAACUAUGACUGUUCCGACACCGACAGGUGCUCCCACCACCACUCCUCAAUACUAUACAGCCGCACAGUACCCAACUCGCGGACCUAUUCAAUUUACAACAACUCCGGGCCCCCCUUUGACUCCCAGACCAUCCACUACUACCAGCACUGCGGCCACAUCCACUACGCGUCCGGCAACAACAACUUCCUAUACGGCAUCAUCUGCUCCGCGACCAGCUGCUCCCGCUGCCAGUUUUGUCUCUACCGUGGGCGCUGGAAAACAACAACCCAAGAAGGCACCUGCUCUCAAAGGGUCGUUUACGAAAGAUCUCCGACCGAUGAUGUACGCGUUUGGGGACCACUCUAAUCCUGCACCAGAUACUGUGACCGUUAUGGAGGAGAUUCUCAUGGAUUAUAUGAUUGAUGUGUGCACCACGGCGAUGAAAAAGACAAAGAGGACCAACAUUCAAAUCGACGGUUUAAGGGAAGCUCUCUCGCAUCCGGCAGACGUAAAAAAAUUGGCUCGUAUGGAAGAGCUAUUAUUUAUGCAGGAAGAUAUCAAGCGCGCUCGUGCUCAAUUCAGUGAAAAAGACGAUCGAGCAGCUCCGUAA